AUGGCGAAAUCAGCAGCGACGGCGACAUCCUCCCUUAUGCAAACCCUCAGGCGAUACAUCAAGAAGCCAUGGGAGAUAACCGGACCCUGCGCUCACCCUGAGUACCUCGAAUCCGUUCCCAAGGCGACGGAGUAUCGUAUCCGAUGCCCCGCCACGAUCGAUCAAGAGGCGAUCGUGCCAACCGCGGAUCCGGAGAAUGUCUACAACAUCUUGUACCACGCGAGGGACCAGCGCAGGAACCGUCCGCCGAUUAGGAGAUACUUGUUGAAGAAGGAGGACGUGGCGCAGAUGAUGAAUGAGAAGAAGACGUUCGAGGAGACGGAUUUUCCUAGGGUUUAUUUGACGACUACUGUGGAAGAGGAUGAGAAUGCUCGUGGCGGAGGCUACGAGUGAUGAAACAGGUUUUUGCUAGUCUCGGGUGUUUUCUCCUGUAAUCUGCUGUUGGGAGACGGCUCUGCGUGUGAUAUAUCUCACUACCGAGAAAAAUAUUCGUUUGCAUUAUCUAAUAAAGUUUGUAGUAGCUUUAUGUACUACAAGACACUUUGUUGUUCAGUUUAAUUCCCUAUGUUUACGAGAAUAACAGUAUAAAUGCUUUUUUUUUCCUAUGGUGAACUCAUCGUUAUGUCAAGUCUCUAGUCUUAUUAGAAUGGUUGCUACUGUAACAGAGAGAAACAGGCAAUAAAUAGUCUGUGUUCUUGGUUCAUUAGAUUAAAGAACCAAAAUAAAUAAACAUUAAGAUUUAAG